AUGGCGACGAUGUUUCGUGGUGUGUUUAGUGCUUGUCUUAUCAGGAAUAGAUCACAAUUGAAAUGCCUGGGACAUGUGCCGAGACGACAGCUGACAGGAAAGUCAGAGGAUGGACUGAUAGACAAAGUUCUUAUAGCUAACCGAGGUGAGAUAGCUUGUCGCGUUAUCAGAACAGCAAGAAGACUUGGUGUACGAACAGUGGCCGUUUACAGUCAAGCCGAUGCUGACAGCAUGCAUGUUUCCAUGGCAGAUGAAGCUUACCUCAUUGGUCCAGCUCCAUCACAACAAAGCUACCUCCAAAAAGAGAAGAUUAUUGAUGUGGCCAAGCUUUCUGGAGCUCAGGCCAUUCACCCUGGAUAUGGAUUUUUGUCAGAAAAUGUUGAAUUUGCUGAGCUUUGUGACAAAGAAGGAAUCAUUUUCAUUGGUCCACCAGCUACAGCCAUCAGAGACAUGGGAAUUAAAAGCACCUCAAAAUCCAUUAUGUCCAAGGCGGGUGUCCCUAUAAUAGAAGGUUACCAUGGUGAAGACCAAUCAGAUGACAGGCUGAGGAGGGAAGCAGAAAAGAUUGGUUACCCAGUGAUGAUAAAAGCUGUUAGAGGAGGUGGGGGAAAGGGGAUGAGGAUAGCUAUGACCAGUAAGGAGUUCGAUGCACAGCUGCAGUCUGCCAGAACGGAAGGGAUGAAGUCAUUCGGGGACGAUGUCAUGCUCAUUGAGAAGUUUGUGGAAACUCCGAGACAUGUUGAGGUGCAGGUGUUUGGUGAUAGCCAUGGUAACUACGUGUAUUUGUUUGAGAGGGACUGCAGUGUACAACGACGACACCAGAAGGUCAUAGAAGAAGCUCCAGCGCCCGGUUUAUCGGAAGAGGUGCGACGAUCUAUAGGGGAGGCAGCAGUCAGGGCAGCAAGGGCAGUUAACUACGUUGGGGCAGGUACAGUUGAAUUCAUCAUGGACAAAAACCAGAAGUUUUAUUUCAUGGAGAUGAAUACUCGCCUCCAGGUGGAGCACCCAGUCACUGAGAUGGUCACAGGAACAGACCUGGUGGAGUGGCAGCUGCGGGUUGCCAGUGGCGAUACCUUGCCCAUGAAGCAGGAAGAGGUAACACUUACAGGCCACGCCUUUGAAGCUAGAAUCUAUGCUGAAAAUCCCCGUAACAACUUCAUGCCUGGGGCAGGACCUCUGCUUCACCUGAGCACACCAGAAAAGGAUGAGCAUGUGAGAAUAGAUACAGGGGUUAGACAAGGGGAUGAGGUUUCUGUUCACUAUGACCCGAUGAUUGCCAAACUUGUGGUCUGGUCCAACGACAGACACUCUGCCCUCAAACGUCUAUGUUCCUCCCUCAGAGAUUAUAAUGUCGUGGGUCUUCCAACAAAUAUAGGAUUUCUUCAUGACCUUGCCAAACAUCCUCAGUUUGAGAAAGGUCACGUACAUACAGGCUUUAUAGCGGAGCAUAGUGAGGAGUUAUUCCCCUUACAAGAACUCUCCCAUAGCAGACUGUGUCAAGCUGUAUUGGCCUUACUUUUAACAGAGCAGCAACAAACUCAGCUGUCAAGUGCGCUAUCUAAAGAUCCAUUCUCCCCAUUUGGGUUUGGCUGUGGAUUCCGAAUGAAUGGCUCAUUACCAAGAACCGUAACUCUUGAGGAUGGUGACAAAAAAUUAACGGUCGCGGUGACGUACAACUCUGAUGGUUCAUUCACAAUGGAAACUGGCGGGAAACGUUACGAACUCUGUGGAAACAUGCAGACGAGAGACGAUCGCGUGAAACUCGUCUGCGAAAUGGAGGGAGUUCGAACUUCCGCUAACGUGGUCAUAUCCGGAAACGCCAUCCAUCUGUUUACUACGGACGGUGACUGUGAGCUACGGAUCCCUACCCCAGAGUUUUUGGGUGGAGCGGCGGGGCUGGGAGAUAAGGGAGGGGCUGUGGCGCCCAUGCCCGGGGUAAUCGAGAAGGUGAUAGUGAAGGACGACACGGCAGUGGCACAGGGAGACCCUCUGGUUGUUAUGAUCGCCAUGAAAAUGGAGUACGUCAUUCGAGCUCCAAGAGCGGGUAUCGUAGAAAAGGAUUUCAAAGUUGGCGACACGGUUUCCAAGGGAACGGUGUUGGUAAAGUUUUCUGCGGACCAGUCGUAGUGAACGUUAUACUCGACAUCGUGUGGUACAAAUUCUUCGUCCAUGCCGAGAAAUGCAAACUUCCAAGAUCUGCAUGUGACCAUAGUGCUAUGAUUAUGAUAGAGAAUUUAUAGAAUAUCUAAAUAUGUAUUUACAUGUUCCCGUGAAUUCCCAAGAGUUUAAAAAAAAAAUGGGAGUUCUUUUUUGCACUAUUUGGCGCUCAGAGGCGUUUAUUUGAUGCGUGGCAAAACGGUUUGAACGUUAAAGUUGAGUGGUGAAGCUACCUCUGUAGAUGUACACAUGAUCGAAGAUGUAGAUGAUAUGUCAGAGUAUAGCAACAUUUGUAUUUGUAACAUUAGGUAUGUUCAUUAUUAAAGGAAAAGAAAACAUGCAAAUGAUGCCAAAAUCUGAUGAAAGAGCGUCAAAACUUAUUUGCAAAUAUGAUCUUUAAUAUUUUUUUGUUCUUUUUUUCAGGAGAAUAGGGUAUUUGAAAGUAUUUUUGUAUACCAACUUUUGGUAUUUAUCGUUGUUGCAUAAUAAUAUUCUAAACAAGAAUGUGAUGCUUGUGAAAUAAAUUUAUUAAAGUGUAAAUUUGUUCUUUAUAUCGAAACAUUUGCAUUUACUCUAAAUUAUUAUAAUAUUUAUGAAUAUAUUAAAAAUAUAAAUAUGAUCGAAAUUGAGGUUUAAUACAUUUAUUAGCUGAAAAGAACAAAUUCUAGUUCAAAAAUAUCUAUUAAACCCGUGUUACAUCCUCAUUGAUGACAUUAUUAAAGACAGACUAUAAAUACUAAAAGGUGGUCCCAAAUACCCACCAUUCAAAAAUUAUUUUCAUAUGUCUUUUUCUCCUUAAGGAAAAAUCGUAAAAAAUAUUGAAGACCACAUUUAGGAAUAACUUUUCGCACUCUUUCAUCUGAACUUUGUCAUUUUUAUGUUUUCUCCACCCUUAAGUGUGUGAUUGACUGUCACCAGACAACCCGCUCGUGUAUGUUCAUUGUUAAGUGUGUGAUUGGUUGUUACCAGAAAAAGUCGCUCGUGCAUGUUCAUUUAAACAGGGAAAAAUACAAUUCGACAGCAACGGGGGACAAUUCAACAGAGUUCAACAGUUUUCUCUGCAGCGCGCCUUAGGAGAUGAAUAUGUCGGUUAAGUAUGCAUAUGUUGAUUUUAACAAUUGUCAAUGUUACAAUUCGGUAAUAAUGGUGGAUAAUUCGGCAGAGUUUACAGUAUAAAGAAGUUGAUGUUGUACACAUAUCCCUGUACACUGUGUACUGAAGAAGGUAUUGGGUUUGUCCUUCGAUGGGAACAUUCUAACAAUCAAACUAAGAGUGUAUUACGCGUGUCAGCAUACUCCAUUACGCCCUAGAUGUCACAAAUAAUGCGUUUCUUUGUGACGAUGCCUAUAUUGCUUCAAUCAAUUUCUUUGUAAAGUCGUGUAUUUAUACAUUACAUCAAUCUUUUGGUGACAUGUUACUCGGGUAUUCUGAUGAUGAAUAAGUUGAAAGGUUUGUACCUGUAAAUAAGAGUGGUUUUCUAUUUGUAUAAGUGGAUAAUGCAAUAAACUCAUGA